UCCCUGACUCGUGGCGGAAUCUGGAAGGGAAGAUGUGGACGGUCGGUGCGCUGUGGGCGCUGCUGGCGGCGCUGCUGGCCGGCGGCGCGUCGGAGCCGGUGACGACGGUGACGGAGCCGCUCCAGCCGGAGUCCCCGCUGCAGAAGCCGAAGGUCAUGAUCGCCAUUCUGGCGCGAAACGCAGCGCACAGCCUGCCGUACUACCUGGGCUGCAUCGACAGGCUGGAGUACCCGAAGGACCGCAUCGCCAUCUGGGCAGCGACAGACCAUAAUGUGGACAACACCACGGCCAUGCUGAGAGAAUGGCUGAAGAAGGCGCAGCAGGUCUACCACUUUGUGGAGUGGAGGCCAAUGGAGGAACCCAGGUCUUUCACAGAUGAGUGGGGUCCCAAGCACUGGCCUCCUUCCAGGUUCAACCAUGUGAUGAAGCUGAGACAAGCGGCUCUGAAGGCUGCGCGGGAACGAUGGGCCGACUACAUCCUGUUUGCAGAUACUGAUAAUCUGUUGACCAACCCUCGGGUGCUGGACCUGCUGAUAGCUGAGAACUUAACCCUGGUUGCUCCCAUGCUCGAGUCCCGCUCUCUCUACUCCAACUUCUGGUGUGGCAUCACCCCACAGGGCUACUACCGACGAACCCCAGACUACCAACCAAUCAGGGAGUGGAAGAGGGUAGGCUGCUUCCGCGUUCCCAUGGUGCACAGCACCUUCUUGGUGGACCUGCGGCGUGAAUCUAGCAAAGAGCUGACCUUCUACCCACCUCACCCAGACUACAGCUGGGCUUUUGAUGACAUCAUGGUGUUUGCUUUCUCAGCGCGCCAAGCAGAUGUGCAGAUGUUUUUGUGCAACAGGGAGCACUAUGGCUUCCUGCCCGUCCCUCUCAAGGCGCAGCAGACAGUGGAGGACGAGGCAGAAAGUUUCAUCCACACCAUCACCGAAGCUUUGAUUGAACACGACAUGGCGCCCUCUGAGCACGUGUACAUGUUGCCGCCGCCGCAGAUCAAGAUGGGCUUUGAAGAAAUUUUCCUGAUUAAUUUGAAACGGCGACUUGACAGAAGACAGAGAAUGUUGAAAACGAUGGCGUCGCUCGGCCUUCAAGCCACAUCGGUGGAUGCCGUGGACGGGAAGGCUCUGAACACGUCACAGCUGCAGAUGCUAGGGAUCGAGAUGCUGCCGGGCUACAAGGACCCGUACUCGGGUCGAGUCCUAACUCGGGGGGAGAUCGGCUGCUUCCUUAGCCAUCACUCUAUAUGGAGACAGGUGAUUGAGCGGAGCUUCCAGAAGGUUCUAGUGCUAGAGGACGAUGUGCGGUUUGAACCCAGGUUCCGGCGAAGACUUGAGGCCAUCAUGGAGGACGUGGAAAGAGCCCAGCUGGACUGGGACCUCAUAUACGUGGGGCGGAAGCGCAUGCAGGUGCAUCAACCAGAACAGUCCGUGAACGGCGUGAACAACCUGGUUGUGGCCGAUUAUUCCUACUGGACGCUUGGUUACGCGCUGUCGCAUCAGGGAGCCAGAAAGUUACUGGAUGCUGAGCCGUUCAAGAAGAUGCUGCCGGUUGACGAGUUUCUGCCCAUCAUGUUCAACAAACAUCCCAACGCUCAGUACAUGUCUCAUUUUGAGCCGAGGAACCUGAAGGCCUUCUCUGUGGAGCCACUGCUCAUCUACCCCACCCACUACACCGGAGAGCCGGGCUACAUCAGUGACACCGAGACCUCCACCAUCUGGGACGACGAGGCCGUGGCCACGGACUGGGACAGACAACAGGCCCGGAAAACAGCCCAGCAGGGCAGCAUCGGACCAGUGGCGCAGAACAGCGUGACAGGAGAUUCUCCGCCUCCUGCAGCUCGUGCGUCCCGGGACGAACUCUGAUCCAGAGAUGGAGAACCUGGACUAAUGAAAAAAUGGUUGCUGUGUGUGAACACACACGGAGUGAGGGAUGGGUUCUUGUGCAGCAGGAUAGACUAUUGGGUGAAGAGGAGAGCAGGAAGAGACCAAAUGAUCUGAAUCUGAGACGAUAGAUUUAUUUAUUCUCCGUGUGCCCCUCAGAUGAAUCCACAACACAUGGAAGACCAGCAGGACAACAGAACUAACCCUACUUUCUCAUAAAUGGACCUUCUGCUAUGUCUCUCAGGUUACUUAAGAGUAAUGCUUCAACAGAACGCUAAAGAAUAAAAGACUCUUAACAGGGAGUCCUGAAAGAGAGCCUCUCUGUCACGGUGCACACGUAAAUGUUUCCAGAGCUUCAUACAGCCUUUCUCUCCAAGCAGCAGAGUGGUCGGGGAUGCCACCAGGACCCAACCAGCAGGCCGGUUCUGCUGGGCAGAAAUCCAGAACAUCUAUUCCAUAGAACAAAGUGCGAUAAACAUUUGGGACAAAUUGGGAAAAGUUUGAUGUUCCUCAGAACCAAAGCAGUGAAACUACAUGUGUUUCUUCAUUUUCACUCAGUCAGCAGCUUAAAAACACUUUGGUAUCAUUUCACACAAUCUGAAAUGAUUCCGGUUUCUCUGUUAAAGCUGCAAAAUAACAAAACUGAUUGAAAACUGUGAUAACUUAUGUUUAUUGCUAUUUUUUAAUUUAGACAAUAACUGAAAUGAGUGUGAACUGUUCUCCUGAUGUUUCAUAAAGGCAGAGGUUUUUGGGUUUUUCUUGUAGUGUAGGAUGGGGUUAAAGGGUGAAUGAGCGUUAGUCAUGCAGCUCUGGUUCUGCUGUUCCUCUAAGGUUCCUGUCUGUUUUGGGAUGGAACAGGGAAGGCAGGAGGUGGGGCGACAGGGGAGCUGGGGAGGAGGGCUGUGAUAUGAACAGUUCAACCUCUUCAGAAACACACGGGCAAAUCUUUAAAAUGAAAGUUUGAUUCGAUUUACUUUUAUUUCAAGCAUUAAUUAUAGUCGAUACAAUAAAAUAAUCACACAGAUUUACCAAACUCAUUACAGAAACUAUGAAAUGCAGAUAAAAAAACAAAACUUUGAUCACAUUUUCUUAAUUAAAUAUGGUGAUCAUUAACUAAAAUCAAUACAUAUGACAUCAGUAAUGUGAUACUCAUUGAUUAUAAUCAGAAUACAGUUUCAUUAAAUCCAGAUAUCAUUGCUACACAGAUAAAGUAACAAAAUGGAGAGCUCAUUUAAUAUCCUCAGAAUUCUCACACCUUUUCAGUAAACUUGAAGGAUUGUGGGAUCAAAGUUUUAAAUGUGAGGAGAACAAGUAUAUGAAUCCUAACAUCAGUUCCACGGAACCGGAUCAGCCGGGAUUCCGGGUCGCUCUUAAAGUCCAGCUAUGUUGCAGGAACUCUUUUUGCAGGAUUUGCUUACCAGAGUGCAGCAAAUAAUGGACUAACACUUUGCCGCCCCCUGCUGACUGCAACCAGAAAUGUGUCUAAUUCUAGAAAUAAAAUUUAUACUGAUGAAA